UGUUUGUAUUAUAAUAGUACGCUGUAGUACGCACGCCACUUUAUAGUAUUAUUGUGCUCAUCAUUAUACGUUUUACUUCGUCUUGCGUUUCCGUUCAAAUUUGAAAAAAAAAAUUAUUGGUUCGGUUUUGUUAAAUAAUUAUUAUUAUAUCGUUUAUUGCCUGUGUACGCCUUUACGCAGACCAUUCAUUUUUUUCUUUUAUUCAGUACCAAUUAUAGUCUAUGCAAUAUUAAUAUACGAUAUAUAAUUAAACAUAACAGUCUUAUACGUUUCACGAACACUGAAAUAUAUAGUACAAUACAAAUUACAAUGUACACAGCACAAAACGAAGAAUUUACAGUAUUCCGUUUGGAUUAUAACUUAUCUACAUUAAUUGAACAAGUGGAACACUUUAAUCAAUGGACCGAAUCACUGAGCGAUACCAGAACCAGAGGAUGGUGGAUGGUAAAUUCUGUUUUUACUACAUGUACCAUAACCCUUUGUUAUCUUCUAAUAGUAUGGCUGACUCCACGGUUCAUGAAAAAUCACACAGCAUACAGUUUAAAAAAUAUUCUAAUAAUUUACAAUAUAAUGAUGAUAAUAGCAAAUUUAUUCAUUAUAAUAGAAUUGAUAUUGAUGACUACUAAAUUAAACUAUAGUUGGAUGUGUCAGCCGAUAACCUACGUCAAUGCAGAAGCUGAGCUUAGGAUAGCAACAGCAGUAUGGUUGUAUUAUAUAAUUAAAUUUUUUGAAUUAUUGGACACUAUAUUUUUGAUGCUCCGGAAGAAAGAUAAUCAACUGUCAUUUCUUCAUGUUUACCACCAUUCAACAAUGUUCAUAUUCUCAUGGCUAGGAACAAAAUAUGUACCAGGCGGCUCAGCAUUUCUACCGAUAUUAAUCAACAGUGCUGUACAUGUCAUAAUGUAUUUUUACUAUGCAUUAGCUGCAAUACAAUGCUCAAAAAUCUUUAAAUACAAAAAAUAUGUUACAAUCAUUCAAUUGGCUCAGUUUUCAUUUGCUCUACCAUUAGGCAUAAAUGCCAUACAAAGUGGGUGUAAUUGGCCAUUAUGGAUGAAAUAUUUAUUUGUCUUUUAUAUUAUUACAAUGUUGGUUUUAUUUGGAGACUUUUAUAAGAAAAAUUAUAUUAAAAAAGUAAGCAAUAAUGAAAAUGAAGUUGGACAAUGUUUAAAGAAAUUGUGAUUUUCUUAAUCAAUACAUUCAAGUAGGCCUAAGAAAUAUUUUUGUUUAUAGAAAUUAAUGUAUAAAAUAUAAUGAAUUAGAGGUGACAUUACAAUAACUUAAAAUAAUAUGUAAUAACUAUUUUCCAAUCAUGUGAUAUUUAAAUAUUUUUGUAGUUCAAAAUUUGUAUUUUAUCUAUUAUACUAUCUACACUUAACACUUGGACUUGGUAGUACUAAAUUAUAAACAUAAAGUUUUUGGCUAGUUUGUUAAUGUUCUUCCAUUUAUAAAUAUGUCUCUACUGUAAUAAUUAUUAUAUUUUAUUAUUCAUUAGUUAUGAAAUGUUAUUAAAUUAUUUCAUGUGUUUAUAGUUUUUAUAAUGUAAAAUAUAAAUAUUUUUUUAAAAUAUGGUGUUAGGUUAUUAGAAUAUUCAAUAUACAUUUGUUUUGCACUUUAUUAUAUUAUGUAUUUUGU